AAUGGCUAAAGGAAAGGCGAAGGCUGAUGCUUUUCCAACCUCUCAUGAGAGGUCCUUGACUUGGCAUGAGGAUCAAACAAAAUUCAUGCUAGAGUGGUACAUGGAAUACUUGAAAAAACAACAUGCAGGUUUUAAGGUAUCACAAAGAAAAUUGGAAGUAUAUUGCAGCAGCAUUGAGCAAGAGUGGCAACGCAUUUGACCAUACAAGAUUCUUGGUGACUAUUUCAGAAUCUGAAAAGGCAACGCUAUGUGAUAGAGCAAGACGCCUACUCUCUAAGCCCAUCAGAUUCUUUAAUGAGAUGCAGGAGCUAUUCACGGGAUCUAGUGCCGAUGGUUCUUUGGCUAUGGAUCAAAACACAUGCAUGAACGAUAGUGAUGGUUCAAAUAGCGAUGAUUCAAGAGAUAUGCUUGACCUCAACUGCUACACACAACCUGAAGAGCCAACUGGUGAGGAUUCUGACACUUUGCCAUCUCCAACCACGAAUGCAACUGUUGACAACUCUUCCAGCGGUAGUCAAGGUAAAAAGAAGCGUCCAAGAGGCAACAAAUCACCAACUAAAAGCCAAAAAAGCAAGAGUCGCUUUGCCGAGUCCAAUGAUGAAAUCGCUACUACGAUGAAAUCACUUCGAGAAACACUUGCUACCACAGCUCCUCCACCAAUGCCACAGCUUACUGAUCCACAUGCAAUUCUGUGGCAGAAACUAGAGGCAAUCCCAAUGACACCUGAUCAAAGGGUUCUUGUUGGUGAGUAUUUGUCUGACAAGGAGAAUAAAGGUAAGCGUGGUUGGUUGUGCAAUGCGAGUGAUGCUACACUAAAUGCUUGGGUGUUCAAGUUCUUAUGUGAGAAAGAUGGGCUUAACCUGUGAAGCAUAGCUUGUUAAAGUAGUUUUUUGGCGAACUGUCUGUGUGAUGUGCACAUGAACUUCUGUAUGGCUGUGCACUCAUUUUGGCUUUGUGUUAUAAGGAAUGAUGGCUAGAAUAUAUGUAUUAGUUGUUGGUUGUCUAAUUUUAGCAGUGUGGUCAUGACAAAUGGCUAGAAAAUGUCAUUGAAAUAGUUUUAGUUGGAUGGUUGCUGAUAUUAUUGUAAUAGCUCAACUAGUGUUACUGGAGUGUUAUCUUUAGCUGGACUAAUAUUUCAAUAUAUGUGCACUUUAAUUCCAA